AUGACGUAUACUAUAGGUGAUCGAAAGAUAAGUAUCACUGAUGGUAUAGAUGAUGAAGAUAAAUCAUUAAUACUAGCCCAUCUGAAUUUAUUUAAAUUUUGUCUAAACCAAACUAGUUUUACCUUUUUAAUAAAUUUAAAAAAUAUCAUUCAUUUAUAUAGUGAUAUUAUAACAAUUUAUAGUACAUUAUUAAGAAAAGUUCCAAAUUAUGAUGAUAUUACCUUAAUGACUAAUCGAACAAAAUUAAAUUUAUUAAAAUUAGAAGAUGAUUUAAAUAAAUUUUUUGAUUUUAAUACUACAAAUUUUAUGAAUUCUUCAACUUCGUUAAAUGAUGAAAUUAUUAAAAACUUCAAUUGGCAAAGUAAAUCAUAUGAAUUCGAUGUUAAAAAGAUAUCCUUACUAAUAUUAUAUGGUUGUAAUGAAAUUUUUGAACAAAUCAUUAAAAACUUAAAUUGUAUUGAAAUUUUUUUUAAUAAUUUUAAUAAUUUGAAAAAAUUAUUAAUUCCAUUCUUGUUAAGACAAACAAAAUCAAUUCAAAAAUCUCUAGUUAAAUCAAUCUACCUUUUCAAGUUAACUACCAUCACCGAUGAAAUUUCUUCGAUUAAUGAACUAUCCCCUCCAAUUAUCAAACAAUUAAGAAAAAUUGAAAAAAUUACUAGUGGUAUUGAAAGAGAAUCAAUGUUAUUAUACACCGCUUACAUGACUUUUGAUCCUUCUUUACAACAAUAUACAAGUAUCUUAUUAGGUAAAGCCAUAUUAAAACAUGAUAUCGAAGAUUCAGAAUGCCAAAUCAUUAGAAGAAGAGAUGUCUGUUUUAGAGCUGCUGAACAUGUGGUUAGCAUCCCAUUAACUGAAGAUCAAUUAUCUAGUGGUAUAAGAGAACCUUGGAUUCCAGUAUUAAAUUUUGGGGCCGUUGUUGCAUUCAUUUUUUUUGCAAUCAUUCUUUAUCGAAUGUGUAAAUUGCUCUUCAUCUUCUAAUAUGCAUUUCUACCUUGACUUUCCCAUUCAGACGAAUUUCCUCUCCCAUAUUUAAUUCUCUCCCUAUAUACUUAU